AUGGAAUCUAGCCGCUGUGAGGAUUAUCCUCCUGAACAGAUCUGCAUGAAACCCAAUCAGCCUGUCUCUGAAGACACUGGUUCUAGUGUUGGAGAAGAGGAUCUAGGAAGACGCACCUCCACUUCAGCACCCCAGAGCAAAAUCUCUACUGAUGGGAAACUGCAGCGUAAGCAGAAACACAGAGAGUCGACUCCCCAAGAUGAUUAUGUGAAGAAACUGAGAACUCGCUCGGUUCAGAAUCUUUCUGCACAAGAUAGCCGACCACUUCCUGUGGGAUAUACAGCGACUCCACAUCCUGACAGUUCUGCAACCCAGGGCAACUUCAUUUCCUUACAAACUCCACAGCAGGUUCCUUCAGAGCAAAUUUUGUAUCACUGUUCUGAAUGUGUCACCAAUUUCAGUGAUCGGGAAAAGCUGAAAACACACCAGCGAAUUCACACGGGAGAGAAUCCGUUUCACUGUGCUGAUUGUGGGAAGAGUUUUAAUGAGAAAUGUAAACUUCCGUUACACCAGCAAAUUCACACAGGAGAGAAACCAUUUGUGUGUUCUGACUGUGGAAGGAGUUUUAAACAGAAACGUAGACUGCAAACACACCAGUUAACUCACACAGGAGAGAAGCCGUAUGUGUGUCCAGUAUGUGGGAAGAGUUUCAAUCGGAAAGACAGCCUCAGAACACACCACAUAAAAAUCCACAUGGGAGAGAAACCAUACGAGUGUCCUGACUGUGGGAGGCAUUUUAAUCACAAAUGUAACCUUCAAAGACACCAGCGAAUUCACAGAGGAGAGAAACCGUUUCACUGUGCUGAUUGUGGGAGGUGUUUUAAUCACAAACGUAACCUUCACAGACACAAGCGAAUUCACACAGGAGAGAAACCGUUUCACUGUGCUGAUUGUGGGAGGAGUUUUAAUCAGAAAAUUGACCUUCAAAGACACCAGCUAACUCACAGUACAGAUAAACUGUUUCAAUGUGCUGAUUGUGGGAAAGGUUUUAAUCGUAAACAUAGACUUAAAGCACACCAGCGAAUUCACACGGGAGAGAAACCGUUUCACUGUGCUGAUUGUGGGAAUAGUUUUAAUCAGAAAUGUAAAUUUCAGUUACACCAGCGAAUUCACACGGGAGAGAAACCAUUUGUGUGUUCUGACUGUGGGAAGAGUUUUAAACAGAAACGUAGACUGCAAACUCACCAGCGAAUUCACACAGGAGAGAAACCGUAUGAGUGUCCAGUAUGUGGGAAGAGUUUGAGUCGGAAGGACAACCUCAGAACACACCUCAUAACCCACACGGGAGAGAAACCUUUUGAGUGUAGUGAGUGUGGGAAGAGAUUUGCAGAGUCAAAAAAACUAAAGAAACACAGUCUAGUUCACAGAGAUGUUGUCAGGUAGGACACUUACAAAAAAAAAAAAAUUCAGUUUUCUUAAUGAAAGCAUCUCAAUCACACCAGAAUACCAAAGCAGACCCUGCGUCUCUCUCGUCGGUUUCAAAUGCAGAGAGCUGUGAAAAUAAAUGAAUUCAACUCAAAAAACCCCAAGCCUGCUGUGUAUGCAAAUGAUUGUAGCCCUGUUUCCUACAGCAGUGCUUCUGAAACUGGGGAGGCACAGAAUGUAUCCUGGGGGGGUUGAGAAAGCUCAGGCAAACAUGUAAAAAUGACCGCGCACAUCUUAACCUGUAUAUAUAUUAAAACAAAUGCUACUGCUGACACCUCCUGCCACACGAAGUACCGCAGACGAGAGGAAGGGUCCCAGGGUGUCAGCUUCAACAACAUUACUGGGGAGUGGCUUCCAGACCCUCACCAGUCUCUGUGUAAAAAAAGUGCCUCCUAUUUUCUUGUCAAUUUAAGGGUCCAUAUUUCCAAUGACAGAUGUUAGAACAUUAGUAGCUACACAACAACCCUGCAGUUUUGCAAUUACAGACGCACACAUUUCUUGGGCGAGUUCCUUCGUCAAGUAGCAGCUUUGUGAAGUUCCCGGUGAUUCUAAAGAAAAAUCUUUCAAGUCACUUUGCUGGUCAGAGAUACUUACAUCUGUCAUUGAAAAUAUGUCAUUGAAAACUUGUGCAUGAAUUGCAUUCAGAUAUAAAAGAUGAUGUAAUGAGCUUCGUAUCUUCUCACGACGCCAUCAGAUCUAAGAUGGAGAAAAGCUUCGACAGCUUUGAAAAUCCAUUUACAAACUUUAAUACUCAAGCUAAAUGGAAAAAAACAAUUAAGUGAAAAAUGAGGUGUAGUGGAGUCUGUUGAGAUCCCUCUAGGAGUAAGAUUUGACAGCAGAAGAAACCGGGAUACAGGCACAUAUGAUCACGAUCCUGUAACUGACAAGUGUAUCUAUAUUCCAUUGUUAGAAACUCUAAAGUUUAUAUUUAGGAUUCCAGACAUUUGUAAUCCUAUUGUACAACCCUGUGAACAAAACGCGGUUUAUAAAGAUUUUUGGUGACGGCAGCUGCUAUAGAAAUCAUCCACUUUUCUCUCGGCAUAAAAAUGCAUUUCAAAUACAACUUUACUAGGAUGACUUUGAAACUGCAAACCCAUUAGGAUCCAAGCAAGGGAUACAUCAAAUUGGAAGCUUAUAUUUUAUUCUUAGAAAUCUUUCUCAAAAUGUAAAUUCAGCACUAAUGAAUAUUCACCUUGUUUCACUGUUGCACACACAAGAUAUUAAAAAGUAUGGAUUUAAUGCUAUAUUACAACCUCACGUUGAUGAUUUAAAAAUUCUUGAAAGUACUGGAAUUAAAGUUCCCUUUUCUGAAGAACCAAUUGAUGGUACAGUUGCUCAGUUCACAGGAGAUACCUUAGGGGUGCACACACUUCUGGGGUUCAGGGAAUCUUUCAGUUCAGUUUUUUUCUGUCGACUCCGCUUGAUUGAUAAGAAUGCGCCUGAGUCAGUAUUCAGCGACGAUGAUUCUAACAUCAUAUUACGUGACAGAGUUUUGCAUGAACAGCAUUGCAAUGAUCUGUUAGCAGACCCUACAUGACCCUCCUCCUUUGGACUGAAGCGAUAUUGUUUGCUGAAUGACUUACAGUUUCUUUCACAUUUCUGAUCAUUUUGCUUUUGAUAUUAUGCGCGAUGUCCUCGAAGGCGUCCCCCAGUAUGAAAUGAAGUUGCUUUUUGGCUCUCUCUCUGACAGUGUCAUCUCCAAGCAUGACAUCAUAGAAUUCACUCUUAGAAUUAUGGUUUCUUGGAGAGAAAGAAUCGUCCAAGGUUCAAUCUAGAGCAGUCUGGCAAUGGGAUAGAGCUCAGUGCUAUGCGGGUAGCAGUGUGGAGUAGUGGUUAGGGCUCUGGACUCUUGACUGGAGGGUCGUGGGUUCAAUCCCAGGUGGGGGGACACUGCUGCUGUACCCUUGAGCAAGGUACUGUACCUAGAUUGCUCCAGUAAAAACCCAACUGUAUAAAUUGGUAAUUGUAUGUAAAAUGUGAUAUAUGUAUAAUGUGAUAUCUUGUAACAAUUGUAAGUCGCCCUGAAUAAGGGCGUCUGCUAAGAAAUUAAUAAUAAUAAACUCAAGCACCUAAUUGCAGAACAUCAUGAGCUUUUCAGAGACCUAUACCCACAAUGCAAUUCGAUUCCAAAGCACCAUUUCAUGAUCCAUUAUCCCAGAUGCAUCAGAGAAAUAGAUCCAUUAUUGCAUUUCUGGGCAAUGAGAUUUGAGGCAAAGCACAAGUUUAUUAAAAACAGUGUUAAAGAAUUUCAAAACUAUUAUCAAAUCACUGGCCCAAAAACACCAAAUAGCUACAGCAUGCCACUGGGAGUCUUUAUCAAUAAAGACUAUUGAAUGUGGACCUCUUAAAACACGAGCUUUAAAUGAUUUUCCUUAAAACGUUCCAUUUGAUCUUCAGACUUCAUAUGGCUUUGAAGAACCUGAUUUGCAUGCGGUUCCAGUGAGUUAUUUAAUGUAGAUGCCAACCACAACAUUGUAUUUUGAUUUGAAGUUCUAUAGUUUUGGAAUUGAAAUAAGUAUCGUGGCAUUUUGAGGGCUGGUUAUGCAAUGGGAAUUUCUAUAAAUAUGGAGAUAUAAAGGAAGAUGUAAAUAUCACUCCUUCCACAGAAGGUGCAGGUUUGUCACUGCUUCCAUUGAAUUGUGGAGAUUUAGAAAUCGCAGCCAAAUGUGUGUUCACAAAGAACGUCCAAAAUAUGAGAUCCAAAGGCAACCAAACCACUCACCAUGGACACAAACUUUUGGCUGUGAUAUCAAAAUCUCCCGAGUUAAAGUGAAAGAGUAACAAAAUGUCAUGUUCUGGAGUUAAAUGCAUUUGUGUGAAUUACAAGUUGGGCUACAGAAAUAGUACAAAAUAACCCAGGAUGGCAGUGAGGACAUUUUGAUUUGUAAAAUGAUAUUCAAGUGUACUUUUUUUUCCUUUACCAUCAGUUAUUCUUGUGGAUGAACACUGUUUUCUAAGAGUAACUGACAUCCAAAAAUUAUAAACUGUACUUGGUGUCCAAAAGGUGUAUUUUGUGAAAUAAAUGCUUUGAUUUAAUA